UAGAGAGCUAGCUAGUGGCUGUAGCCAGUGUGAAAGCAAUGCCAGAUGAGGUGUGAAUUGUGAACCAAAGGGAACAUAUGAGAGUUUGACACAUCGCUUUGCAGAGAGAUGGAAAGUGAAAGAGAUAAGAGUGUGAGAGAGAAAGAAAUCAAGAAGAAAUAAAAGGAGACAGCCAAUAAGAGGAGAGGGCGAAAAAGGGGUCGUUGACAGACAGCGAAUCGGAAACCUUGUCGUGUCUGCUUAACAUUGAAUGGUUGCCUCUUCAGAUUUGGCCAUUUUCACCUGGCAAAGAUGGACAAGGCCAGCAUGGGCCCCAAGAAGACUUUCGUGUCCACUUUUCGGAUGAAUUUUAAGCCUGCCGCCCCUCAGUUUGUGUUGAAGGGGAUCAAGAAUGAGCUGGAGGACAGGGACACUGCUCAGGGGGGUAGCAGCAAGCAGGGAACCAUAUCAACAGGUCCCCUGCUGGAGUUUCUUGACCCCCAAGAGCAGCUGGAGGUGCGGGUGGGAGGGCAGGCCAGACUCCACUGUGCCUUCAGGAGCUGCAGUGUUCCUGUGGCUUCCUGCUGGAUCUACAACAGAGAGCAGGUGGUUGCAGGCAGGCCGAGGACUCGUGUAGAGAGCAGUGACACUGACAGCAGUGUGGAGAUAUCUCAGGCUUGUCCGGACGAUGCGGGUACAUACACUAUAUUGGUGCGGAAUCGCAGGGGCUUGGCUCAGCACACAGUCACCCUCAGUGUUAUCGACCGGCCUCACCCUCCGGCAUCUAGUCCCAUGGUCUCCCAGCUCUCCUCCUGCUCCCUGGUCCUGUCAUGGUCGGGGCCCAGCUACGACGGGGGCACUGCCGUCACAGGCUACGCGGUGGAGGUGAGACGAGAAGGCACUGAGAAGCCUGAGGACUGGACUGAGGUGACGACCCGUUGCAAGAACACCUCGUACCGGAUCCGCUCGGUCCUGGAGCCCCUGGGGGAGUACCGCUUUCGCGUUCGGGCCUACAAUUUGGCAGGUGUCAGUGAGCCGAGUGAGGUGUCGGACUGUGUCAAGAUGGACACCAGAGGAGAGCCAAAAGAGGAAUCCCAAUCGUAUGUGACUGUCACCAUUGACACCACGCACAAAGUCAAGGAUCAUUACAAUGUGCAUGAGAAGCUGGGAGUGGGGAAGUUUGGCCAGGUGUUCAGGCUGAGUCACAAGGAGACAGGUCAGGUGUGUGCAGGGAAGUUCUACCGGGCCCAUAGCUCCAAGGCGAAGGCUUUGGCGCGCAGGGAGAUCGAGCUAAUGAACUGUCUCCACCACCCCAAGCUGGUGCAGUGCCUCGGGGCCUAUGACACCCGCUCCGAAAUCAUCAUGGUGAUGGAGUACAUUGCCGGCGGGGAACUGUUUGAGCGCAUCGUGGACGACAACUUUGAGCACACGGAGCCUACCAGCGCACGCUACAUGCAACAGCUCCUGGAGGGCAUGCAGUACAUCCACCGGCAGAACAUUGUCCACUUGGACCUCAAGCCAGAAAACAUUGUGUGUGUGGACACCACGGGCACGCGGAUUAAGAUCAUCGACUUUGGCCUGGCAGCCAAGCUGGAGCCUGGUACUCCACUGAUGGUGAUGCAUGGGACGCCUGAUUUUGUGGCCCCUGAGGUGAUCAGCUACGAGCCGGUAGGGUUGGCCACUGACAUGUGGAGCAUCGGAGUCAUCUGUUUCAUCUUACUGAGCGGUGAGUUGCCCUUCCAAGGUAACAGUGACGCAGAGACUCUGAGCCUGGUGACGGCCGCCUGCUAUGAGUUUGACCAGGAAAGCUUCGAGGACAUCUCGGACCAGGCUAAAGACUUCAUCACCUCUCUGCUCAAGAAGGACACAAGGUGUAGGCUGUUGUGUGACGAGGCCCUGGCCCACCCCUGGAUGGCCUCUUUUACCCUUCUGGUCCGCCGGCCCACCAAGGUCCUCAAGAAGGACAAGAUUCGACGUUUCUUGGCCAAGCGCAGAUGGAAGAAAACAGGCAAGGCUGUCCUGGCACUGCAGAGGAUGGCAAACCUUACCAACGGAGCUGACUCUCCUGGCAGCCCUGGGGAGGAGGCUAGCUGGAGCCCGGCGGCAGAGCAGGCCAUCCAAACCCUGGAUCAGGAGCUGCAGAGCGAACCCCGCUUCCAGCAGGUCCUAAGGGACACCAGCCAGCCCCGUGGAUCUACCGCCCGCCUGGCCUGCCACGUCCAGGGCUAUCCCGAGCCGGAAGUGGUGUGGUUUAAGGAUGAGGAGCCUGUGGAGUCGUCGUCGCGGGUCACCGUGGAGUACGACGGCACGUGUGAGCUGGUCCUGACUGACCUGGGACCUGCCGACUCUGGGGUUUACAAGUGCAGAGCCACCAAUGACCUAGGGGAGGCGCUGUGCUCGGCCAAACUUACCGUGGAACUGUAGCCUGAAAACACAAAACAACAUCUGGAUCCCUAAUCUCCACCUAUUUCUCCAAAGUGUGCACUUUACGUUAUGGAUUUAACAAUGGCGGAAACUCCCUAGUAGCCGAUGAUAACACCAAUCCAAUGUUUUGAAUCCAUAACGGGAAGUGUGGAAGUGCACACUUUGGGAGAAGGGUGCGGAAUCGGGAUGUAGCCUACAAUCAAUGUUGGGGAAGCUACUCUGAAAAGAUAGUUUACCAAACUAUCAAUUACUUCACACUGGAAGAAGUUACGCUACAAAUUUCAAGAACCGAUCACUCGUGUUAAUAGAAUGUUUUUGUGCUUAAUAGGACAAAUUACACAAUGUGUCAAGUGAGAAUUGGACAGGUCUGAUGUCGAAAAGGAAAUUGCCUACUUCACCCAUAUUUUAGCAAAAUAAAUAGUGUGUAGUAGUUAGCUAAAUGGCAAAAAAAGUAAUUAACUGCUGAAACCACUAUUAAGAUUUUAAUUUAGCUUAACUACUACCAAGCUACUGCAAAAUAUAGUUUAAUUAGCAAUUGAACUACAGCGCAAUCUAGAAGGUGACCUUGGUCAAAAAUGUAUAAUUGUUGUGAACUGCUCUGAGGUGGAAGAACUGAACCAGUGAAAGCAAAUUCAAGGGUGUUCAUUAGGACACUGUACAGAGAGAGACCUGUUUUCAUGCCAUUUCUUUGUUGUUGCUUUUUCAGUUUUUUGACCCUGGGAUAGAUUGACCACUCAAAAUCAAAUUUAUUUAUAUAGCCCUUCGUACAUCAGCUGAUCUAGAGUGCUGUACUCAAAGUGCUGUACAGAAACCCAGCCUAAAACCCCAAACAGCAAGCAAUGCAGGUGUAGAAGCACGGUCGGUCAUGUUUCUUUCCCAUCUCCUAUGACUUCCGGUCAUUGCAAGAUGUAGGAGAGAUGAGAAGGCCACUUUAGACUUGCGAUACGGUCAUUGUUAAAAUGUCCAUGGAUGUCAAGGGUGGCUCAAAAACAAUAGAAUACACAAUGGGCUGAACUGAGGUCUAAAAAUGUAACAGUAAGGCUAAAUGUAUAGCAAGGGCAAACUAAGAAAUGACAAGUGCACAAGGAUGGGUAAAUUCACUAUUGCAUGUUGACUUUUGUCAUGACUUCCAGACAGUAAACUGUUCCUCAAUGGUGCCUCUCGCAGCUAGAAGCACAAGGAGGGUGUAGAAAGUUCAAAACACACCACUUUCCAUUCACUUUGAUUCAGUUGUGACACUUAAUUUGAUACACUAACUUUCAAUACCAGCAAAGUACAAUGCUAAACCAAACCCCUUGACUUUUCCCACAUUUUGAUACAGCACAAAUUUAAAAUGUAUUAAGUUUAUUUCUUUCAAAAUACCCCAUAAUGUUAGUGGAAUUAUGUUU